AUCAUGUCAAAGUCAUUUCCGAGGAAAAUAAGGAAUCAAAAAGUAUUGUUUACUAAGUCUAAGACCUAAGUUAAAAAGACUAUUCAACUUAUUUGAACUCUUUAUUAGUUUAUUUUCUUUACAAUCCGAUUCAAAAUGGCAAUUUUUGACUGUCUUAGAAAUGUCAAUAUGCCGGGUUGCAUUUGGUUUGAAGGAGACAAGAAAAAUGCCUAUGCUUCCAUGUUAGCUGGGUUCUUAUUUUUUACUGGUUGGUGGAUCAUAAUUGACUCGGCUACAAAAGAUCCAGGCCUUAUCCCAGCUGGUUAUUGGAUGUGUGGUGUGGCAGGUACCAUUUCACUGAUUAUGGUGAAUUCUGUUUCAAAUGCACAGAUGGGUGGUGACUCAUUCGAAGGUGGAUGUUUGGGUACUCGUGGAGCUAGAAUUUGGAUCUUCUUGGGAUUUGUUUUUGGUUUUGCUUCAGUUAUAGCAUCUUGCAUGAUUCUUUUCUUAAAAUAUAUGCAUGAAGAAAAAAAAGCACCUGGAGUAGCUCUCUUUCUUCACAAUGCCUUCAUUUGCAUGUCCAUGAUUAUUUUUAAAUUUGGUAGAACUGAGGAUGUGUGGGGCUAAACUAAACUGGUCCAUAAUGGAGGUAUUAUUGAUGUCGUCAUGUAAGGAACCUGGUUUUAAAUUAAUAUUUUGUGUAUAGUCUAAGCUUAACUCACUUCACCUGACUUACUUUUUAGCUUUAAGAAUUGUAUUAUUUAGUUUUUUUUUGUAAUAUAGGAAUAUAUGAAUAAAUUUAUUUAUAUUUGUGAUAAGAA